CCGGUUUCAUGGCCGGAAGGAGGAUUGGAUUGAUGCACCAACGGUGCUGCUGGCAGCAGUGCCCCCGAGGUGGAGGGGACCAGGCGCGGGCUAGGGGAGAGGAGGACGGGCCCCCGAUCCAGAGCAGCGUGACAGUAAGAGACUCAUUCAGUGACAACUUAUUGACCAUCUGAUGGAUCCAGGGCGCUCUGCCAGAUAAAGGCAAGGCAAAAGAAAGUGUAACCAGUAAAGUCUCAAUUUACUUUGAAAGGAAUGUGAUGUUAAUUCUGGGGCAUUGAUGUUUUACAAUGCCUGAUCAAGACAAAAAAGUGAAGACCACAGAAAAAUCAACCGAUAAAAAACAACAAGGAAUCAUCACCAGGGACUAUUCAGAUCUUAAAAGACUUCUGUGCCUUUUGAACGUUCAGUCAAGCAAACAACAGCUUCCAGCCAUUAACUUCGAUAGUGCCAGAAGCAGCAUGACGAAGUCUGAGCCUGCCAUCAGGGUGGGUGGACAUGGAGCUCGAGGUCAGUGGCACGAGUCCACAGAAGCCAUUGAACUUGAAAAUUUUAGUAUAAACUACAAGAAUGAGAGAAAUUUCAGCACACAUCCCCAGCAUAAACUAUUUCAGGAGAUUUUUACAGCCUUGGUGAAAAAUAGACUCAUAUGCAGAGAGUGGGUUGAUCGAGCCCCAUCUCUUCAUUUUCUGAGAGUAUUAAUUUGUCUGAGACUUCUAAUGAGGGAUCCACGUUAUCAGGAAAUACUCCAUAGCUUGGGUGGGAUUGAAAACCUAGCUCAGUACAUGGAGAUCGUGGCCCACGGGUACCUCGGCUCCGGGGAGGCGCAGCACAGCGUGGACAAGCUGGUCAACAUGACGUAUAUUUUUCAAAAACUUGCUGCUGUCAAAGACCAAAGAGAAUGGGUCACCACAAGCAGAGCCCACAAGACAUUAGUAAAUUUACUCAGUGCCCGAGAUACUAACGUUCUGUUGGGUGCCCUUCUGGCUGUGGCUAGUUUAGCUGAAAGUCCAGAAUGUAGGGAGAAAAUAAGUGAACUCAACAUUGUAGAAAAUCUGCUGAUGAUUUUACAUGAAUAUGACUUGCUUUCCAAAAGGCUCUCGGCUGAGCUGCUGCGCCUGCUCUGUGCCGAGCGCCAGGUGAGAGAGCAGGUGAAGCUCUACGAGGGUGUCCCCAUCCUCCUCAGCUUGCUGCACUCAGACCACCUACAGCUGCUGUGGAGCGUCGUCUGGAUCCUGGUUCAGAUUUGUGAGGACCCUGAGAUCAGUGUGGAAAUUCGCAUUUGGGGAGGCAUCAAGCAGCUUCUUCAUAUUUUACGAGGGGACAGAAAUUUUGUUUCUGAUCGUUCCUCCAUUGGAAGCCUGUCUAGUGCCAAUGCGGCAGGCCAAAUCCAGCAGCUUCAUUUGUCAGAAGAUUUCAGCCCUCGGGAAAUACAAGAAAAUACUUUCUCUCUUCAAGCAGCCUGCUGUGCGGCCCUCACGGAACUGGUGCUCGACAACACCAACGCCCACCAGGUGGUUCAGGAAAAUGGUAUAUAUACAAUAGCAAAAUUAAUUUUACGAAAUAAACAAAAGAAUGCAGCAAAAACUAAUCUAUUACAGUGUUAUGCUUUCAGAGCCUUGAGGUUUCUCUUCAGUAUGGAAAGAAACAGACCACUCUUUAAAAGACUUUUCCCCACCGACUUGUUUGAGAUCUUCAUUGACAUAGGACAUUAUGUUCGUGAUAUCAGUGCUUAUGAAGAAUUAGUAUCAAAGUUGAAUUUAUUAGUGGAGGAUGAACUGAAGCAAAUUGCUGAAAAUAUUGAAAGCAUUAAUCAGAAUAAAGCUCCUUCGAAAUAUAUAGGCAACUAUGCAGUUUUGGAUCAUCUUGGAAGUGGAGCUUUUGGCUGUGUUUACAAGGUUAGAAAGCAUAGUGGUCAAAAUCUUUUAGCAAUGAAAGAAGUCAAUUUACAUAACCCAGCAUUUGGAAAGGAUAAAAAAGAUCGAGACAGCAGUGUAAGGAAUAUUGUUUCUGAAUUAACCAUAAUUAAAGAGCAGCUUUAUCAUCCCAAUGUUGUACGCUAUUACAAAACAUUUCUGGAAAAUGAUAGGUUGUAUAUAGUUAUGGAGCUUAUAGAAGGGGCCCCUCUUGGAGAACAUUUCAGUUCUUUGAAGGAAAAACAACAUCAUUUUGCUGAAGAGAGACUAUGGAAAAUAUUUAUACAGCUGUGCCUAGCUCUUCGGUACUUACACAAGGAGAAGAGGAUCAUCCAUAGAGACCUGACGCCAAACAACAUUAUGUUGGGGGAUAAGGACAGAGUAACAGUUACUGACUUUGGCCUGGCAAAGCAAAAACAAGAAAGCAGCAAACUUACAUCUGUUGUAGGAACAAUUCUGUAUUCCUGCCCUGAGGUGCUGAAGAGUGAGCCGUAUGGGGAGAAGGCUGAUGUCUGGGCAGCAGGCUGCAUCCUUUAUCAGAUGGUGACUCUGAAUCCUCCCUUCUACAGCACAAACAUGCUCUCCCUGGCCACAAAAAUAGUGGAGGCAGUAUAUGAACCAGUACCAGAAGGCAUCUAUUCUGAAAAGGUGACCACUAUCAUCAGCAGAUGCCUCACUCCUGAUGCAGAAACCCGCCCAGAUAUUGUAGAAGUCAGCUCCAUGAUAUCAGAUGUCAUGAUGAAGUAUGUAGAUAAUUUAUCCGCAUCCCAGCUGACCUUGGAGAAGAAGCUGGAACGGGAACGGAGACACACACAGAGGUAUUUUAUGGAAGCCAACCGGAACACAGUCAUGUGUCAGCACGAGCCGGUUCUUCUCUCUCAAGAAUCCUUUGAGAAGGCAAGCUUGAGUAGAAGCAGCAGUGGAGCAGGAAGCCUGAAAAGUGAGCUUUCAGAAAGCACAGACCUGCCGCCUGAGGGCUUCCAGGCCCCCUGUGAUAAGGACGAAGACCGAGCCUGUGCUGGAAUCUUGUCAGAUGAUAACUUCAACUUGGAAAAUAUUGAGAAAGAUAUAUAUUCAGAGUUCGAUGAUGAAUUGGACACUUUGGAUAACUCAAGCAGCUCCAGUUCAAGCCCUUUGAAGGAAUCUACAUUCAUCACUUUAAAGAGAAGUUUUAGUGCUUCAGGAGGAGAAAGACAAUCCCAAAAAAGAGACUUCACUGGUGGAAUAGGAUCAAGACCAAGGCCAGCAUCUGCAGGAAUUGCUGUGUCCCAGAGGAAAGUACGUCAGAUCAGUGAUCCUAUUCAGCAGAUCUUAAUCCAGCUGCACAAAAUCAUCUACAUCACUCAGCUUCCUCCAGCUUUGCACCACAAUUUGAAAAGAAGGGUUAUAGAGAGAUUCAAGAAAUCCCUCUUCAGCCAGCAGAGUAACCCUUGUAAUUUGAAAUCUGAAAUUAAAAAGUUAUCUCAGGGAUCUCCAGAACCAAUUGAGCCCAACUUUUUCACAGCAGAUUACCAUUUAUUGCAUCAUUCAUCAGGUCGAAACAGCCUAUCCCCAAAUAACCCAACAGGUCUACCCUCCAGCUUUGAUUUGGAGCAGGGGAUAACAUAUGAACAGAUGCAGAUUGUGAUUGAAGAAGUCCUAGAGGAAAGUGGUUAUUACAACUUUACUUCUAACAGGUAUCACUCCUAUCCAUGGGGGACCAAGAAUCACCCAACCAAAAGAUGAAAGUGCUGCAUUUUGAAUGGACUUGGUUUUCCCAGUGAAGAUCAAGUUCUGGACUUCAACCACUACUGGCAAGAUGCCCAAAGAUUGGGUGCUGCUAAAAGAGUGUGGAAGAGAAAAGACCAACAUACCAUGGUGCCUGCAGGACCUCUUUCUGGAGGUCCAGUGCUAAGAGGCUUCAUCCUUAGGACACAUGUAUACAGGAUGACAGUGUGCUUCUGGGAGAAAAUGCUGCAAAAUUCAUCUGUGAGAAGAAAACCCACUCCUUGUAGAACUUUCCUCCAAGUUAAAAAAAAAAUACUUGUCAUAUUUUUCAAAGGAAUCUACUUAGAAUUGCUGAAACUAUGUUUAAACGCAUCUAUGUAUAAAAGAUAGUUUUAGAUAAAGAAAAUUAUAGAACUCAGAACAGUAAUAUAUUGGGUGAUUCACUGUAUCCCUCAAUGUUUUUAAUCUUAAAAGAAAUUCAGAAUAUGUGAUCGAAUUAUUUUGUAGUUUUAUUUGUUUGUUUUAAUGAAAGGAUUGGUUUUCUCUUAACCAGUUGGGUACUAGUGGUCUUGAACAGUAUUUGUAACCUUGCACAGCCUCUGGGAAUAACAGUCAAAUUGUCAUAUUUAAGCUAAGAAUGUAUUGAUGUAUAGUUUGUGUAUAUGUAUAUAUGCAUGGGGGAGGAGGAAGGUUUUGAUUAGGCUAAUGUUUUGCUGCUAAUCAAACUCAUAGUGUUUUUAGGACACUUUGAAGAGUCAUAGAGUCUAUGAAAGAGAUGCACUAUUCCAUAUUCCAAGUCCUGCCUAACUGAAAUUACCAACAUUGCUUUUAAAUUUUUUAUUGCUUGAGAAUUUGAAAUGAAAAUAAGUUAUAUAAUAAAAUAUAAAUGUCUUCUUUAUUCAUUGAAACGUCUCUAGAAAAGAGAACCCAGAGCACCAAAACAGUGUCCCAUUCCUGUGUGGGGAUAAUUUAUGGUGAAAAUUCUCUAGGUUCUUAUUGGGCUAAAAUCUCUUCAACUGGCUUCUUAUAACUGGUAUAAUGUCAAGAAAUUAUUGCCAAAUCAGACUGCACUUCUAACUACUUAAGAAGAUUUUAAAUCUAUAUAAUUAGUAAUCUGAAACCUGAAAUUAUGCUUUUUAUUUACUUCUCACUACGUUCUAUCUUAUUUACAUUGAUAUAUUUUUAGUAUGAUCAAAUAAAAUUUAGUACUGUGGUUGAAACACAAUAAUCUUUUCUGUAGUAUGGAAAAAUCUCUUAAUGUGAAUCCAUACUAUUUUUACAGUUAGUAUGUUUAGUACUUAAACUAUAUCCUAUUCUCUUUAACCCAUUCCUUUGAAAAUUACCAGUGAAUCCUUGUCUUUAAGCCAAAUUAAUAAUUACAAACACACUGUAAUUUAAAGUAAUAGAUGAGAAUACAGGAAUGAAAAUUUUCAGUUUUAGCUUUCAACCAAAUUCAUCCACAUGUGAAAUUUACAUGUGAAGUCAAAAGGCUAUGAUAUUGUUGAUUUAAACCAGGAAAAAUUCUAUUUCUAUUCCAGCUUAACUUGAACCUACAUGAUUAUAUUUUAUCUCUUUUCAUGUAUGGAAUGGGCACAUGUCUUUAUUGUACAGGAGGCACAGGCCUAGAGGGGCACAAAUUUUCAUUGUGAUAGAAACCAGUAUUUAGAAACAAACCAAGCUAUAGGGUGAAAGUUUGAACUAUAAAGUUCUUCUCAAAUGGUGUAGAAGAGCAUAGUAUUCAGAGGUCACACCUUGGUAAGAAAAGAGAAAUUGCUUAUUUGAAGGUGUUUUUAAAUGCAUAAAUUUUUUUAACAUCUUUAUUGGCGUAUAAUUGCUUUACAAUGGUGUGUUAGUUUCUGCUUUAUAACAAAGUGAAUCAGUUAUACAUAUACAUAUGUUCCCAUAUCUCUUCCCUCUUGUGUCUCCCUCACUCCCACCCUUCCUAUCCCACCCCUCUAGGUGGUCACAAAGCACCGAGCUGAUCUCCCUGUGCUAUAAUGCAUAAAAUUUUAAAUGCAUACCUUAUUGACCAGAAAGGAGCAAAAUGUUUCCAACUAACUUCUAGACCAUACAAAUGGCAGGUAUUAUGCUAGAAGUUAGUAAGAAUUAACAAAAAUAAGCAAACGAAUGUCUUUUUCAACAGCAGCUUUAGGCCCAUCAACAGCUCUAAGCUGAUAGAUGCAUUCUUUUGCCAAAAUGAUAUAUUCUUAAACUACGACAGUCACUGAAUCAGCAUUCUCCCAGUGCAAGACCAAGACUUUAAGGGAAGGUUAGGCACUGGUAAGGGAAGCGUUUUGUGCAGGGGGUCACAUCCCAGCAAGGAGGUUAACAAGGAGCCCCUUCCCUUCACAGUAAAACAAUGAUCAUUUUGUUUUGACUAUCUAAACUGUCUUCUAGUGCAAAGUUGUUACUUGAACUUAGUAGGCCUCAUUCUUUUCCUGAUUGCAUUUCAAUUUUUUCUCUUUAUUUUAUAUAAUUUUUAAAUUCUUUGUUGUGCAAUGAAAUCUCUGUGAUUUCAUCUAAUUCUAAGUCGCUGAAUAUUUGUAUGGGACAGAUUAUGAAUCAGCCUUCUCAGAUCAUUUUUGAUACACAAAAUACUUGUUGAUUUUGUUUUGACUUCCCUGGUGGUGCAGUGGUUAAGAAUCCUCCUGCCAAUGCAGGGGCACGGGUUCCAUCCCUGGUCAGGGAAGAUCCCGCAUGCCCAGAGCAACUAAGCCCAUGCGCCACAACUACUGAGCCUGCGCUCCUAAAGCCCAUGCUCCGCAACAAGAGAAGCCACUGCAAUGAGACGCCUGCACAUCACAAUGAAGAGUAGCCCCUGCUCACCGCAACUAGAGAAAGCCCACAUGCAGCAAUGAAGGCCCAAUGCAGCCAAAAUUUAAAAAACUAAAUUUAAAAAGUUAAAAAUUAAAUUUAAAAAAAUAUUGUUAAAAAAAACUCUAUCUGAAUAUGUGUACUUGAAAUUGUCUUUUUUUUUUUUUUUUUUUUUGCGGUACACGGACCUCUCACUGUUGUGCACUGUUGUGGCCUCUCCCAUUGUGGAGCACAGGCCCUGGAUGCGCAGGCUCAGCGGCCAUGGCUCACGGGCCCAGCCGCUCCACGGCAUGUGGGAUCUUCCCGGACUGGGGCACGAAUCCGUGUCCCCUGCAUCGGCAGGCAGACUCUCAACCACUGUGCCACCAGGGAAGCCCCCUGUCAUUUCCUUUUUAAAAGCAGAAUAUUUCAUUCUCAGGGAAGUGACUGCAGCAGGCAUAUGUGCUUACUGUUUGUUAACUUUAUCUUCUUCCAGAAAUGUGAUAUUUAAUUAGAGAUCUUCAGAGAAUAGUGACAUGUACACUAGACCCUGAGCUCAUAGAUGCAUUUCAGAAACUUUCUGGGAAAACAAACACUACUGAGUUUUGUGUGGACAUCUAUGCGGUUCUGGGUGAUAUGUGUACAUCUAUUUUGGCAUUCUAAAGCAGAACUUAAUUAAGAAACAUUGUUAUGAAGUUUACCCAAAUGAUGGAACUGAAUUGGAGUUAAGGUCUUCCUAGAGAUACCAUCUAUGACUUAUUAAAUACUAUGAAUUUUGAUGUUCAAAAACUAACAUAGGACUUGUUGAUUAUGUGCAAUCCCAGCAAUAUCAUCAAUUAAUCACCAUUUGUAUUUAAGAUGUGUGAAGGUGACAAUAUUGCUUAGUGAAUUCCAUCAGUAUUAAUAUGUAUAGAAUCCACAUCCUUUUGAUAUGCUGAAUUGAAAAAUAUAUUUAUUGCUACCUCUCUCUUUUGUUGGGAAUGGUGAAGAGCCAUGUACAUUAAAUAUGCUGGAUUCCUUUAGAAAUGGCUUCAGCUUCUGUCUGAAGGCAGGAAAAACUUUUUAAACCUACUUUUAUUGUUUUUCCCUUGACUUUAUUUAUGGUGUAUAUUCACGAGCACAGAAAUCAACUGGAGAUACAAUGCACAGGCAUCAGAACUGACACAGUUUCUCAGCAUAUUAGAGAUACAGCUAUGAAGGACUCCCAAGCAAGGGAACCUCAACGCUUCUGUGUCAACCUGGACUCUUUGGAUGAAAUUCCAUCCAAACAUGAAAUUCUUCAUGUUUGACAACUAAAUGAGAUAACAAGUUAUUUUACAUAUACCUUUAUGGUAUCUUUCAGAUUGUAUCCUUUGAUGGAAAUUUACAGUUUUGGAUAGGUUAUUUUUCCAGUUGAAAUGUGCUGCUAUCAGUGUGCUCAACCCUUGAAUGCUGUUUUCCAUACUGAUAGGAAGACACAAAUGUCUCAGGGGAACAACUUUGUGAUAAAGAAAUUCUUAUAUGUGUCAUUACAGUUAAAUUGUAUAUUAUAAAUAUUACUGUUAUGGUUGAUUACAAUCCUGCUGUGAUGUUUUGAAAUUUGAAAAAUGGACAGGAAAGAUUUUAUGACUUUGACAGGGUGACUGAUAGAUAUUGCAAAUUUUCAUGCUCUCUGGGACUAUGGGUGAUAGUUGUUUUUAAAAAUGAAGAUCACAUGUCCUAAAAUCAUAGCAGCAUUCGUGGUAUGUGAGGUGUGCUAGAUUUUUUUGCUACACAUAUAUAGCAAUUAACUAUUAAUAUAAAAGUUUUUAAAUACAGUCUUUUGCUUUAUGUUAAAAGUAAAUGAACUCUAUUCUCAAUUGAAAACUGAAUAUUAUUCCUCUAAAUGUGACAAGCUUCCUUUUUUCAUUCUGUAGUAUGAAACUUUGCACUGUACUCAGGAACUGCACUUAGAGGUAGCAAAAUUGUAUUACAGCAAAUAUGUGAUUCUUCAAGUAAACAUGUGGAAGUAGCCUAUCUUGUUUCUCCUAAACAAGGUUGGAAGUUUUGUCUUUAGAGAAAGUUACUGUUAUUUUGAUAGGUUAUCAACAAGUCUGAAUAGGUGCUUGGAAUUGACCUAGUGAACUCACAAAUGAAAAAUUAGCUGAAGUUUUUGCAAAUGUGAUGAACUGUUUCCAAAAAAACAAGUAGAAAGAGGAUUGGACUAGAAAUAACAAACCAAGAGGAACAAAUGUUUUAAGGCCUUAGCACCUUUAAGCCAGACUGAAAGGAUCUCAUAAAAUAUUCCUAACCCAUGAUUUAGUUCUACAUUUCAAGCACCAGUUGAGUCAGGGUUCUGAAAAAGAAUUAUAAGUCUUAUAAAUGGCAUUACAUUUUAGCUUUCCUUGCCCUCCAUGUCCUCUGUGUUUACCUCACGAAUUUUGAAAGAAAUGGAGCUGGUUCAGGGAUACCUCAUGUCCAGAAGGAAUAGAUGAACUGUUUGGAUGAGCCCAACAUUAGCACUGAUAGAAAUGAAUAAAUGCAAGCACUCAGAAGUGAAAUCCUAACUUGCCAAAGAGGAAAGAUGAACCUUUCAAGGAGGUGAGAUGAUCCCCAGCUAAAAACUGCUUUGAGAAGUCAGAGGGCAGGUAGAAGGCCAGUGGUUCCCCAAUGCCUGGCAUCACCCAGCAGGCUGGUCACCAGGUGGUGAGCAGUUGGCAAGGGACCAGGGAGCUCCAGAACUUGAAUGAUUCCUGUUGCGGGUGUCUUCUGGAGGUAACUGAUCACACCUCUCCCCAGUGUGCAUUGGACUGUUACCUCAGCACUGUCUCAGGUAAGCAGACCACCCAGCGUAGUAGCAGACGGCCCCCAGUAACUUGUCCUUAGGAGAGGGUCCCUGUGAAGCAUUCUAAAGAAACAGCUUUAUCUGCUAGUAAGUGAACAUGGUUCUCCCCUGGGGACCAUGUUUUCUUCCCCAUCUUUCAUCCAUGUUCUCAGGCCCAUUUCCUCUGACAGUGCAAUAAUAUUACAAGAAAUCUAUAUGGAACUUAAAUAGAUAAAUGCAAGCAGACUUGCAUGUGGUUAUACUUAGCUAAAUUAGGAAAGAAAUACUUCAAGGUACUUCAGUUGUUUGCAAGUAAGCCAGUUGAUAAACAAGUUGUGAAAAGAGUCCAUCUUUUCACUCUUCUAAAAUGGAAAACAAAAAUCACUUAAAAACUUACCUAUGUCUACAAAAAUUGUUGUUGAGAUUUUGAUAGGAAUUGUAACCUUGUACUAAUUUUAGGAAUUCACAUCUUUACCACGUAGUUUUCUAAUUCAUGAAUUCAGUAUGUCUCUUUGUUUAUUGAGAUUUCCUUUGAUUUCUUUCAUCAGAUUUGUGUAGUUUCAAGAUGCAUGCUUUGUUAGACUUACCCCUAUUUCAGUUUCUUUUGAAUGGUUGUAAGUUUGAAUGGUUAAAAAUUAUUUUUAAAAAUUUUAUUAUCAAGAAAAUCACUUAA